AUGGCUACCAGUGUUCUCAUUUCAAUUGGCUUCAUGACAAUUUGGCAGGUUCGAGCAGCACCCACCAGAGAGCAGCCGCAGCAGCAACGACAGCAGCCGCCCACUGCCCCAGCCCCGGGGCCACCACAUCACUACCAGCAGCAGCAACAACAACAACAACAACAACAGCCGCAGCAGCCGGUUGCAGUCGCAGCGCCCGCCAGCAGCAGUGCGCCUGGUGGCGGGCCGGCGUACUACGGCGUCCAGCAGGUGCGGCGCAUCGUCGUCUCUCAGCAGCAGCAGCAGGGCCAGGGCUACCAGUCAGCGCGGCCCCAGCAGUACCAGGGACAACAACAGUACCAGAGUCAGGCAGCGCCGGGGCAGGCGCCCCGAUACGUAGCCCCACCCCAGCAACAACCGGCAAGCCCCAGGCCGCAGCAGCAGCCGCUCCUCAGGAGAAUCGACAGCAGGCCACUGCUACUGCCCCAGCAACAACAACCACAGUACCAGCAACAACAACCACAACAGCAGUACCACUACCCUCAACAACAGCAAGUUUCACACCAGCAACAACAACAACCAACACAACAGUAUCAGCAGCAACAACCACAACAAAAAUACCAGCAACUGGUGCAACCACCACAACAAAACAAACAGCCACUUCAGCAGGGUCAGUUACAGCAACAACAGUACCAACCACAACAGUACCAUCAGCCUCAGUUGCACCAAUCACAAACACCACAAGUUCAGCAGCAACAACAACAGAAUCUUGCCCACCCUCCAUCAAACUAUCAGACACGACCAUUAGGUUUACAACCACAGCAGCAGCAACUGCAACAACAGAUUCGGUACAUUCCAUCACCACAACAACAACAGCAGCAGCAGCAGCAGCAGCCACAACAGAGGCUAACAGUCACUACUCCCACACAACCACGUCCUCUCCAGAGACUUCAACAGGUCGUUUAUCGACAAGUGAUUCAGCAACAGCCUGGAAAACUACAGUUUGCCCAGCAGCAGCAAGUGUACCAUCAACAGCCACAAGCAACCCAACAACAACAACAACAACAGCAGAUCACCAGUCCCCAGCAACCAGCCGUACAACCUGCGAGGGAUGUUCCUGCGCCGCAGAAUGCUGCGCCACCCCUGGUGAAUGGUGUAAUGGGCGGAGAGCACUCCAGACUCCAGCACAACCAGAGUGGUCUCGGCAAACACAGGAGCUUCAGCGUCAGUGGCACCGCACCACCUCACUCUGCAGCUGGCUCCCAGCCUGAGGAGGACAGGAGGAGGUCCAUAGCAGUCGUCAGUGGUACCCAGGCUCAGCAGCAGAACCCAGGGUCUGCGAGCCAGGGACCGGGGCUCAAGCGGCAGUCGUCAGUCUUUGGUUUCAUCAAACGAGCGAGGGAGCACUCUCAGAGCCGAGCAAUGGACCAGCAGCAGCAGCAACAACAACAACAACAACAGUCGCAGGCGCAACAUCCCCAGCCUCCAGAACAGCAAGCGACACCCAGUGGUACUGGGGCUGGAAUGGCACCGUCGUCACCUCCAGUGCCCCCGAGGGUAGCCAGUCAGCCGGAGGGCGAUGGUCAACAACAGUCCAGCUCACCAGCCAAAACUGUCCAAAAUGGACAAGCUACAUUAGUGAAAGAUGAUCAGAAAAAGCCAGACCAGCAGCCAGUAGUAUCUCAAGCCAAUAAUGGAGCCACAACACAGCAGCAGCAAGCGCAAGCAGCAGUUCUGCAAACGUCUGGUGGCUCUGGUGAGAAGGAAAGUUCUGUAUCAUCAGGAGUAAAAGCUGAAGCGGAGCAGUCUAGCAAGGAUAUUGCUGCUAAGCCAGCUGCCGCUCAGAAACUUUCUACAGAUGAAUCUUACAAAUCUAAAGAUGUACUGGUCAAUGGUGAAAUCGCUGAGUCUCUUUUUCAGCGUCCUGCAUCCAGUCUUGAACACGAUGACGACAAAGAUGUAGUGGUCAUGCAGGCUCCACACAACCAUGUGAAUGGUCAAUACGAUGGGGCUGGAGAGGCAUCUGAAGAUGAUGAUGAUAAGGAUGUUAUCGUUGCUGGAAACAAAAAGGUGGACGAUCGUCCAGCUAGUGCUAUGGGAAAGGAGUCUCCAGCAGGUCAAAGUAAGAAGGGGACUCCAGGUGACCUGGGUGGAAAAGAAUCUCCAAUAUCUCAAGUGCCGAAGGAAGCUGCAGUGGCAACAGUAGGCAAGGAAUCAGUGGUAUCUUCAGAGGAGAAAGAAUCACAUCUUCCUCCAGUAAGUACGCAGACGCCUCCUCCAGAUUCUGGCAAAGACUCACCAGUGCUCGCAGUUGUCAAGGACUCGCCAACACCUCCAGUGCGCAAAGAUUCGCCUGAAAGUAAAGUAGGAAAGGAGUCACCUGUACCACCAGUGGGGAAGGCCUCACCUGUUCCACCAAUGAGCAAGGAAUUGACUGCAUCUACAGUGGGAAAAGAGUCAUCUGUGCCUCCAGUAGGCAAAGAAUCACCUGUACCCCCACUGGGUAAGGAAUCACCCGUACCCCCACUGGGUAAGGAAUCACCCGUAUCCCCACUGGGUAAGGAAUCACCUGUACCCUCAGUGGGGAAGCAAUCACCCUUACCUUCAGCAGGCAAGGAAUCACCCUUACCUCCAGCAGGCAAGGAAUCACCCUUACCUCCAGCAGACAAGGAAUCACCCUUAUCUCCAGCAGGCAAGGAAUCACCCUUACCUUCAGCAGGCAAGGAAUCACCUUUACCUCCAGCAGGCAAGGAAUCGCCUUUACCUCUAGCAGGCAAGGAUUCACCCUUACCUCCAGUGGGCAAGGAUUCACCCUUAUCUGCAUUGGACAAGGAAUCGUCCUUAUCUGUGGUGGGUAAAGAAUCGCCCUUACCUCCAUCAGGCAAAGAAUCGCCUGUUCCCCUGUCAGGCAAGAAAUCGCCCUUACUUCCAGCAACCAAGGAUUCGCCCUUACCUCCGUCAGGCAAGGAUUCGCCCUUACCUUCAUCAGGAAAGGAUUCACCCUUACCUCCAGCAGGAAAGGAUUCACCCUUACCUCCAUCAGGAAAGGAUUCACCCUUACCUCCAGCAGGAAAGGAUUCACCCUUACCUCAACCAGGCAAGGAUUCGCCUUUACCUCCACCAGGUAAGGAAUCCCCCAUACUUCCACCGGACAAGGAGUCGCCCUUACCUUCGGUAGGAAAGGUUUCACCUUCACCUUCAGCAGGCAAGCAGACACCACAGCCCCCAGCAUCACCAGUGCCUCCAUCACACAGAGAUUCACCUGAUGCUACAGGAGCUACAAGAGUCUCAGCAAGUGAAAACUUAUCAAGAGGGCACGGCACUGGGCCGGGGGACAUCGAGACCUCGGCGGCGCUUGGUGGCAAAAUGUCCCCCACUCCUCCAAGUGGGAGCAGGGAGGAGCAAAGAGCUUCACCAGGGCCGCUCUCGACGAGGUCAGGAAGCAGUUCUGGGAAGGUUUCUCCAGUCAGCAAAGACACAGAGAAACCAGGAGUUCCAGUACCCACUGCAACAGAUCAGAAGAUGGAGCCCCAUUCUGCGGAAACGAAGAAAGAGGAAGCUCCUCAGACGGCGGCGGCAACGGGGAAAAUGGACGAGAUCCCGGAGAGACAGAUUUCGAAUGGAGCUCCUUCUCCAAUGCGAGGCACGGGCAGUUUGCAGCGAGAGCCUCCAGAACGAGACGCCGCUCGUUCACCCGAAGAAGCCAAGAGACGACCAGGAGAAGCGGACACUCCUGCAUCACCGACUCCACGACCACCGUCAGCCAAAUCAGCUCCACUUCCAGCUACCACAGCAGUUUCAACACCUGCUGGUACAGCGCCGACACGGGAGGAGGACACGGCAGCAGAAGCGACGGAGGAAGAGCGGCAGGAGGUGCUGCAGGACGGUCGUAUCGACGCGAAGCUGAAGGACAGGAAGUCCCCGACGACUCCACCUCCUUCGCCAGCGACCACAGUGGACGUCAAGGCCGCUCGGGAAGAGGAAGGGGGGGAGAAGAAGGUGCACGAGGACGGCCCGAAGGAGCAACUUUUUUCAAGUCCCACAGCAGGAGUUGCAGCCAGCGGGUCUCCAGAACCAGUCGCCGCCAGACCACCGUCUCGACCAGCACCAACUCCAGCGACGGACAGCCCAGAGACGACUCCAGCGUCCCGGGUUUCUCCGGCAACUUGCCCGGCAAAGAGUGAAUCUCCCACUAACGUUACUGCGAGUAAGACUCCGUUACUGACAGACGAGACACCCCAGAAAGAUGACACAACAAAGGCGAAAUCGAAGAGUCCGUCUCCGGAACUGGGAGGGCACUCUCCUCCUCCGGCCUCUUCUUCUCCAGAUGUCGGCAAGCCACCUGUCUCUCCAGACAUCAGGAAGCUCGCCUCGCCAGUCGCGGCGUCCAGUAUAGAGGACCUCCCAGAGCGGGAACGAGAGCUCCUGCAGUCGAUUGACUCGGUGAACGGGGCCGUAGACUCGCGACCGCAGUCUGCGGCCCUUUUGAAGGAGCCCACACCGUCGCCAACCGUCCUGGAUGGCAAGUCGAAGUCUCCGUCGCCGACGUCGCCCAAGUCACCGACGCCCACGGCUGCUAAAUCCCCUCUGCCACCCCCGGGCAAGUCUCCGACGAUGAAGACACCGAGCCCGAAAUCUGCAUCUCCAAAGCCUUCUUCGCCUGAAGCCAAAGAGGUUGGAGAGAAGGAGCUGCAAGCAGAGACUGAAAAACUCGAUAAAGCUGGAACGUCUUCUCCAAAGGAGAUGAAACAGUCGAGCCCUGUAGACACUAAGAAGCCCCCCACACCGCUGGCAGAGGCCAGAUCUGCCACACCUGAGAAGGGUAAGGUGUCUCCAGUCACAGCCAAAUCACCACCACCAGAGGACAAAAAGGUGCCAUCACCGCCUCCUACAGAUGGGACAAAGAAGUCUCCAUCACCUCCAGUCACAACUCAGAUGGUCUCACCAGUCCCAGCAACUGCUUCACCAACAUUCAGAGAGUCGCCGGUACCUGACAAACGAGCUGAGACGCCGGGCCCCAGUGCAGCUGCCGAGCGGGCCCCAACACCGCAGGAAGUGGCCAAAGUAUCCCCGGGGGCCAAGUCGCCCUCGCCGACCGGCGAGGCCAGUCCGGCACUGGCCGGCAAAGUCAGCCCCGUGCCAGCCGACAAAGUCAGCCCUGCACCAGCUGACAAAGCCAGCCCCACACCAGCCGAUGCAGCCAGUCCCGAACCAGGUGAUGCCGCCAGCCCCGCACCGGCUGACAGAGCCAGCCCCGCACCGGCUGACAAAGCCAGCCCCACACCGGCUGACAAAGCCAGCCCCGCACCGGCUGACAAAGCCAGCCCCGCACCGGCUGACAAAGCCAGCCCCACACCGGCUGACAAAGUCAGCCCCGCACCGGCCGACAAAGCCAGCCCCACAACGGACGACAGGGCCGAGUCACCUCCACCGGCAGAGCCGGACAAGGGACCCGAGGAGGACACGGUCCGGCAGGUGCAGGUCGAGAUCGAGGACGCGCAGGCACUGGCCAACGGGAAGCUGUCGUCGCCGGAGGAGGAGGACGCGGGGUCGAAGAAGCCGGGGCUGGUGAACGGCGUGGUGAAGCCUACCAAGCUGCAGGUGACCUCCGCCACCUCUGCGGCGACAAAGCCCGCGGCUGGCGACACCAGGCGGAGGCCCCUGCGCCGACGUGCCAAGGACCCCGCGAGCGCCAGCGCGAGGAAAGAGGGUGAUCAUGACAGCGGCGUGGACGAGACCACACAGGGAACAGAGGGUGCAGCCAACUGCGAGUCGGGCGCUGGUUCUCCCAAGAAGUCCCCGUCUCGCAUCCCAGGCCGGCGGGCCGCCUCUUCGCCCACCAAGGCGCCACGCUCGCCGCUCAAAGCCAAGCUCACCCCCACACUGGCUGAGGCCCCACCAGCGCCUGAGAAGAAGAAGGUGCCGAUGAACAAGGUCCAGGUGGGAUCGGCGCCGUCGCCCAACCUGAAGACGGUGCGCUCCAAGAUCGGAUCGCUGGACAACGCGAGCUACAAGCCGGGCGGCGGCCAGGUCAAGAUAGAGAGUCGGAAACUGGACUUCAGCAAGGCGCAGCCCAAGAUCGCCGCCAAGAACGAUGCGUACGUGCCGGGCGGCGGCGACAAGAAGAUCCAGCAGGUGAAGCUGACGUGGAACGCCAAACCCAAGGUGGGCUCGCUGGAGAACGCGACGCACAAGCCGGGCGGCGGCGACAAGAAGAUCGAGACGGUCAAGCUGGACUUCAAGGACCGCGCCAAACCGAAGGUCGGCUCCAAGGACAACGUGAAGCACUCGCCGGGCGGCGGCAACGUCAAGAUCGAGAGCCACAAGCUGGAGGUGAAGGCGGAGAGCAAGGUGGGCUCGCUGGCCAACGUGACGCACAAGCCGGGCGGCGGCGACGUCAGGAUCUUCGACGACAAGGACUACCUGCGCCAGCGCUCGCUCAGCAGCAGGGCGUCCUCGGAGGGCAGGGCCUCGGGCGCACAGAGUCCAAUGAUCUCGGCGUCUCCCAGCAGAGCCCUGUCGGAGGUUGGUGACUGUUAGGAUAUUCAAUCACCACAGCUGCUUACAGUGGAUGCUACCAAUGUGGUAUACUUUUCAGCUGUCUGACUAUUGCUAACCAAGCAGUUGACUAUGUUUUCCUUGUAUGACAUGUAUGAAAUGGACUGUGGUAGUGAUUUAAACAGUAAGCUGUUUUACAAUAAGUUUGUAUACAUACUGAGCAUUUUACUGUUAUUUGUAAACAUUGUUUUCAAUAGUACUUUCUAACAGUUUUCAUCUAACAGCAAUAUUGAUGUAACACACCAUGAUAUUCCAAUCAAAAGGAUGUAUGUUACUAACAGCUGUAAUAUAUUUCACUAAAGUGAAAAGAGUCUUGAAUAUUAAAGAUGGAAUCAAAACGAUUCCUGGUUUCUAUAAUGUGAUUCUCGUCUACAAAUAGUUUUACAGUCUACUUUAAAAGCAAGCAAUAUCUACUAACAUGGUUUGAAGGACAAAAAUAUGGUAUCAUGUUUGUUCAACAGGUUAACAAAUUAUGUGCUCCAAUUUCUUUGUAUGUAAAUGAAAAUUUGGUGAAUAACUGAUACUGUGGAUGCAUCUAGAAUAAAUUCAAUGAACAAAAUAAACUAAAAUAAUCUAUCAUUGAUAUUAUUUGUAUUAAUAGAUAAAGUAAUAUCACAAUUCAGCAAGAAAUGAACAUAUAUAGCUUCCAUUAGUUUAAUCAACAACAAAGAUCGACACUGUUCAAGAAGUACCUCCAAUUUCAGCAAUAAAAAAUAGCAUGUAAUCUAGUGGACUGUCUUGUUAAUAUUAAAAAACCUAUUUUCUGAUAAUAUUGUGGCAGAUGCAUGUGAAUGAAAAUUAUGGAUGAUGAUAACCAUCUUACAUCUUCAGAAGGCAAAACACAUAAUUGCAUCCAGCACAAUUACCUACUCAAUUAUCAAACGAUUUUUCAGCAUACUAUGAUAGAAUUUAAUUUUUUUCAUACUUUCUUCAAUAUGUGGUUGAUAUUUCAUUUGAUAUUACUGUAACUCUACUAAUUCUGAUGUUCCAAGCUGCUAAAUAUAAUUUUAAGCUACAAAUAAUUUAUAUCAAAAACACAGCUUUUUUGGUUAUGACUGCUCCCUUUCAUAUCAUCUAUUUUGGUGAACAAUGUACUCAUAAAUUUGGUAAUUGCAUUUUAUGUUGUCAAAGAUGCCUUUUAAGCAAACAAAAGUAUUAAAAAUUGUUCAUUUAACAUU